AUGAAAGUUAUUUUGCUGUUGUGUCUGGUUUCAACCAGUGCAUUGGUUUUUGCCAAACCUCUGGAUAUUGCCGUUGAUGCUGAAAAUGAGUCAAAUGUAGCAGCCGAUCAAGAUAAAAAUGCCGUAGCCGAUGAACAACAGCCUGCUUCAGAGGAAAAUAGUCAGCCACAGGAUUCGGAGCCAUCUCCAGAUCAGGAACAAAGUGCGGCAGCGGAUGAACAGCCAGCCUCAGAGGAAAAUAGUCAGCCACAAAAUUCGGAACCAUCUCCAGAUCAGGAACAAAGUGCGGAAGCGGAUGAACAACAGCCAGCUUCAGAGGAAAAUAGUCAGCCACAAGAUUCGGAGCCAUCUCCAGAUCAGGAACAAAGUGCGGAAGCCGAUGAACAACAGCCAGCCUCAGAGGAAAAUAAUCAGCCACAAGAUUCGGAACCAUCUCCAGAUCAGGAACAAAGUGCGGAAGCCGAUGAACAACAGCCAGCUUCAGAGGAAAAUAGUCAGCCACAAGAUUCGGAGCCAUCUCCAGAUCAGGAACAAAGUGCGGAAGCCGAUGAACAACAGCCAGCCUCAGAGGAAAAUAGUCAGCCACAAGAUUCGGAGCCAUCUCCAGAUCAGGAACAAAGUGCGGAAGCCGAUGAACAACAGUCAGCCUCAGAGGAAAAUAGUCAGCCACAAGAUUCGGAGCCAUCUCCAGAUCAGGAACAAAGUGCGGAAGCCGACGAGCAACAGCCAGCUUCUGAGGAAAAUAGUCAGCCACAAGAUUCGGAGCCUUCUCCAGAUCAGGAACAAAGUGCGGAAGCCGAUGAACAACAGCCAGCUUCAGAUGAAAAUAGUCAGCCACAAGAUUCGGAGCCAUCUCCAGAUCAGGAACAAAGUGCGGAAGCCGAUGAACAACAGCCAGCUUCAGAGGAAAAUAGUCAGCCACAAGACUUGGAGCCAUCUCCAUCCGUUGAUGAAGCAGCGCAGCCUCCACGCAACGAAGCCGAUCAAAAACCGUGUGACAAACCCUCACAGCCGGACCACGAGCAUCCAUCAGCUGGGGAUAGCGAAGGUGAGGGAAAACAACCGCCACAUGAUGAUGCUCAAGAGCCACAGGAGGAGCGGCAGGAUGAAGACUCUUGGGAAACAGACGAAUUACCACCAAAACACUCGCACAAAGUUAUCAACGUCAGUAUCAACAUCAAACAGUGA